UCCCGUUAACGGAAACCCUAAAACGUACUUUGCGCCCAAAUUAUAGACAGCAUUUUUGCAUCAUUCACGGGCCCCUCGGAGGUGUUGCACUGACGUUGCCAGCCAUCCCCACCAUGGGGACUGACCGCGCGCAUGUCCUCUUAGAGGAGACCUCGUACCAAACAGCGUUACGAACUGCGGUUGCAAACUUUGUUGUCGCCGCUGGCAAAAAUGACGAUGAUGAGAUUCCACGCAAAGUGAAACCUGGCAUUAUCGUGCCUCUUUCCACUUUCUUCUCGGUCGGUUUGCUAUGCUUCUUCGUAUUUUGCUGCGUACGGACUUUUUUUCGAGACAUUUACUCCCCCAGGCGAGCUCUGGCAAGCGGGCGACCUCCGCGUCUUCCUAAAGGCUUUCUAUCAUGGGUGCCCACAUUAUUUCGAAUGCCAGAAUCCCUUUUAGUCAGUACUGUGGGCUUGGACGGCGUCCUGCUCCUUCGCUUUUUCAAAAUGGGAGCCCAUCUCUUUGCGGUUUUGAGUUUUUUUGGCCUGAGUAUCAUUGCACCCGUCAACUACUACGCAAACCCGCCACAAUUUGACAACUCUACUGGCAUUCUCUACGAAGACGUUCUAAUUCCCGCUCUCACGGUCGAGAACGUUCCCCAUCAGUCGCCCUCGCUGUGGAUCCAUCUGUUCUGUACAUGGUUCUUUUCUCUCGUUGCCUACGCCUAUCUUAUAACGUAUUAUCGGGGAUUAGUUGAUCUGAAAUUGCAAUAUGUGGAUCACGUUUUACGGCGCACCAAAAUGAGUAAGAUCGAGCUAAGGUCCCUUAUUGUCUUUGGAAUACCACGGGAGCUUCGACAUGAGGUCGAUCUGGCGUCUUACUUUGAAGGCCUCGGCAUUGGCAGAGUGGAGAACGUAGUAAUAUGUCGCAAGUGGUCCCGUCUAAGAGAGGCGGUGCAGAACCGUGCGUAUUACUUGACAAAACUCGAGAAAGUCUAUGCUGCGGUUAUGAGAAAUCUUCAUAAGCGCCCCCCCGCUAGCGGGCUUCCUAUGUUCCGGAACGGUAGCUCCGGAAGUACCGCCACGGCUGGACCAACCUUGCAUUCUGGGUCAGCGGAUUCUGGGCUUGGAAUUGAUCUAGGCGGACGCGGCAGUGAGGAACGAUUUGAUGUGGCGUAUAGCCCCGAUGAAAGCGAGGAUCCAGGUUCAGAAGCGUACCGUCCGCUCGCACCUGUCGGACGACGUUUUACAACCUCGGAUCCUGUUGACGCCAGUAUAUUCGAGUUGAUGAGUCGGUUAGACGCUGUCGAUCCCCGAAAGCGACCGACCCAUAGAACGGGUUUCUUGGGCCUGCGCGGACCAAUUGUCGAUUCAGCCGAAUAUUAUGCGGACAAGUUCAAAGAAUGGGAUCGUAAGGUUCGGAGGCUGAGAAGAGUACCAGAGUCCAGUCCGGCCACUUCGGCCGGAUUCGUAACCUUUGAGUCGCCUGAGAGCGCGAUCCUUGCCUCACAGGUUCUUAUACACCGGCGACCAUUUGCAUGCAUGGCACGGCAGGCGCCAGAACCCCGUGACAUAUUUUGGGUCAAUCUUUCAUCCAAAGUUGCUGUUAGCUACAUCAAGAUGUUUCGUUCUGUCGCUGUGGCAGCCACGCUAUUUGUAUUGGUGUUUUUCUCAACUAUUAUCGUUACUGCUAUCUCAGCAUUGAUCAGUUUGGAGAAACUGCAAAAGACAUUCCCAGGAUUGACCUCAUUCCUUGACAACCUUGGACCGGGUUGGACGCAAUUCAUCCAAGGGGUUAUUCCAGCUGUCGUUACUGCAGCGUGGACCUCUAGUCUUCCUGCCGUCUUAAUCCUUCUGGCGCAAGCUCAAGGUUUAGAGGCGCAGAGCUGGAUCGACGCAUCGGUGUUGUCCAAGUACUUUUUCUAUCAACUGUGGAAUAUCUUGCUGGUGCAAACCGUGGCCAGCAAAGUCUGGCAGUCCGUGUAUGAUAUCAUUAGACAUGGACCUGGAGAGAUCAUUGAUGCGCUUGGAAGUUUGGUUCCUUCGGCGGCGCCGCUGCAAAUCAAUUAUGUGAUGCUUCAAGCAACAGCGGUUUAUCCAGCUCAACUUCUCCUUGUCGGUCCCCUGAUAUUGACAUGGCUAACGCGCAUGGCACCUUGGAGUAGAAGCACUCCGCGUCAAGUUUCUGACGCAUACUAUCCAAGUGUCUUAACAAGUAUCAACUACGGGAUCGCCUACCCUGUGCCUAUUUUGGUUUUUUGUGUGGGCUUAACUUAUGCACCUGUCGCACCACUUAUUCUUCCAUUUUGUACCAUGUUUUUUGCAAUUGCAUGGUUUGUUUAUAAGUAUUUGCUUCUUUAUGUGAAUAUUCCGCGUUAUGAAACUGGAGGCAAACACGCACCAAUGGUAGUCAGAAGAUGCCUCGCUGGCAUACUCAUCAUGCAGAUGACAAUGAUGGGUGUUCUUGCACUCAAGGCUGGGUCUGGAAUCAAAACUCAGCACCACGGUGAUGACGAGAACGGUUUUUUCAUAAUGGAUGAUAAGGGAGGUGCAAAGUUGCGUUGGACGGGAUACGUCCAGAUGGUUGUUGGAGUUAUGCCACUAUUGGUCAUUACGAGCCUUCUUUACUGGUGGUUUAAGCACGGUUUUGAACAGUUGGUGGAAAACACCCCAUUAGAUGUUGUUGGAGCUGUUGCGAAGGACCUAGCUCGAAGUCGGAACGAUGUUGGUGCGAGCACAGACGCAUUGGUUGUUGGGGACCUGGAGAAAGGGAAAGAACUGGCGACCGUUACUUCGGGGCGUCGAACAGGAAACACCAAUGGGACGAUGAGCAAACGAGCAUCAAUCAGGGCCAUUAGGGGACGGGUGCGAAAAGGUAGUACAGGGGCUGGUGACCGAGGCAUAGGGCAAAAGGAAGACAGUGAUGAAGACUGGAUGCGAGAGACGUCUGACCAUAGGCCGCUAUCUACCGCGACCGAUCGAGAGGUGCAGUCGUCGUCGAGAGGGCCGGUGGGUGCUGCGAGUUCGCCCACAACCUCAGAUGUGAAUGACCAGGCAUCUUCCCCGACACGCUUCGACAUGAUCAACGAAGAGUCGUUUGACGGACAAGCCUAUCGCUACAGCCAUGAUUUAUACGGUGGCGAUGAUGAGGCAACUAGCUUACUGAUAACUGAAAACGACGAAAGUCAGUCACUGUUACAUGAUGAUCAUGAACACCCGCCAUCUGACAUCGAGGAUGGCACACCGACGCCUCAUUUGGAGCCUCCAAUGACGCGGGUGCCAGGCAUUCUGGAUGCUCCAUUCAUAUCGGCUACAGCUAUCGUACCCGCUGGCGAUGAGGCGGACAAUACAGCCUCACUAUAUUUUGACAAUGAAGAGGAUGAUCUUCAGAUUCAUACAUACGUCCAUCCUGCUCUGAUUGGUCGCCUUCCGGUGGCAUGGGUACCGGGGACGAGCCAACCGCGACGGAUCCAAGAAGCGAGGGAGGAGCAGCGGCGGGAACAGAAAGAGUUAUAUCGGCGUAUCGUUGGAAGACAACGAGUCGGCGUAUGGGAGUUGGCUGAUGGUGAUGACACUGCAGGUAGAAGUACCAAUAGCGCGGGGCAACAUACAAGUCGGGAUGGAGUGCCGGGUGAUGUGAGGGUAGGACGAAGAAGAAGAGAUAGCGGUGUAGUCAGGAAAGUGUUGAGCUUUGUGGAUGGAGUGACGAGUUGGGCACACUUGAGCAUGAGUUAAAAAGUUGUAUGUAGGUUUAUUGAUAUACAUGUUUUAAUGUCGUUUCAUAAUGUCGGUUUCAGCAGAUGGG